ACCCUCGUGUCUCUCCCAUCUGUCUCUCUGCGAACCCUCCCUCCUUCAAUCGCCAGAAAUGGAUCCAGUCGACGUAUGGGGCAAUAGCUCCCUCGAUACAGUGGACCCGGAAAUCCAUGAUCUAAUCGAGAAGGAGAAACGCAGGCAAUGCCGUGGGAUCGAGCUCAUCGCCUCCGAGAACUUCACCUCCUUCGCCGUCAUCGAGGCCCUCGGUAGCGCCCUCACCAACAAAUACUCGGAGGGCAUGCCCGGAAAUCGCUACUAUGGCGGAAACGAGUUCAUCGAUGAGAUCGAGAACCUCUGCCGUUCCCGCGCUCUUCAGGCCUUCCAUCUCGACCCUGCAAAGUGGGGUGUCAAUGUGCAGCCUUACUCUGGUUCUCCCGCCAACUUCGCUGCCUACACCGCCGUGCUCCAGCCUCACGACCGCAUCAUGGGUCUGGACCUUCCUUCCGGUGGCCACCUUACGCAUGGGUAUUACACUUCCGGCGGGAAGAAGAUAUCGGCGACCUCCAUUUACUUUGAGAGUUUGCCUUACAAGGUGAACUCUUCUACUGGUUACAUUGACUACGACAGGUUGGAGGAGAAGGCUUUGGAUUUCAGGCCAAGGCUGAUUAUCUGCGGUGGCAGUGCGUACCCGAGGGAUUGGGAUUACGCCAGGUUUCGGGCUAUAGCUGAUAAGUGCGGUGCGCUUUUGCUAUGUGACAUGGCUCAUAUCAGUGGCCUCGUUGCUGCUCAGGAAGCUGCAAAUCCUUUUGAGUUCUGUGACAUUGUCACAACAACUACCCACAAGAGCUUGAGAGGUCCGAGGGCUGGUAUGAUCUUCUACAGGAAGGGAUCUAAACCUCCUAAAAAGGGCCAGCCAGAGGAUGCAGUCUAUGACUUCGAGGACAAAAUCAACUUUGCCGUUUUCCCCUCCCUUCAGGGUGGCCCCCACAAUCACCAGAUUGGUGCUCUGGCUGUUGCCUUGAAACAGAGCAUGGCCCCUGGGUUCAAAGCGUAUGCUAAACAAGUCAAGGCCAAUGCUGUUGCCCUCGGAAACUACUUGAUGAGCAAGGGGUACAAGCUUGUUACUGGUGGAACUGAGAACCACCUUGUUCUCUGGGAUCUACGGCCUCUUGGGUUGACAGGUAACAAGGUUGAGAAGCUUUGUGACCUGUGCAACAUUACUGUGAACAAGAAUGCUGUGUUUGGUGACAGCAGUGCUCUGGCCCCCGGAGGAGUAAGAAUUGGUACCCCUGCCAUGACUUCAAGAGGUUUGGUGGAGAAGGACUUUGAGCAGAUUGGAGAAUUCCUCCACCGAGCAGUGACAAUAACAUUGAGCAUCCAGAAGGAGCGCGGGAAGCUCUUGAAGGACUUCAACAAAGGGUUGGUGAACAAUAAAGACAUCGAGGCACUCAAAGCUGAUGUCGAGAAGUUUGCUUCCUCAUUCGACAUGCCCGGCUUCAAAAUGUCUGAAAUGAAGUACAAGGAUUAGUUCCAAGACAAUCAUAUCAUCUGCAUUUCUCAUCAACUUCUGGUUUUAUGAAAAGGUUACCUCAUUUUUAUAGUUUAUAGGAUUUGCCAGCAACAUUUGAUUUCUGUUUUUAUUUGCAUCCUCCGACAAAGGGUUCUUGCAAUAACUUGAUGUAUUCUCCUCGAUUAAACAUGUUCUUUACAUAUGAAAAUUGGUUUUUCAUAUACAAA